GGCUUUACACGCCCACCAUACACAUACCCACUGCAAGAAAAGGCCACAUGAAUGACACUUUACUGAGAACAGCGAUUGGGCGUCAUCAUUGUCACUUAAAAACGUCGUCCAAACAUCAUCGCAACUCUGAGACUGCUCGUGGAUCUUAUCUUGUAGUUGGAUUAAAUCCGCCGUCAAUCAAUACCAGUCUCAGCCCAUUUUAAAACGAACACCAAGUAAUCUGCUAGUUACCAAAGUGACACGCAAAAGCCCGACAAUGAUUGGUUCUUGACGUUGUCAAUUUAGUUGAAUUUACAAGUUUUAUCCAAUCGAAACUGCGGUUUCUCCUACGCUGCUCCGUCUACGGACGACGCAAUGGUCACGUGUUGUUUUUGCUUGUCUAAAGAUGUGUACAGAGACUGGGCCAGCGGAGAUAAUAUAUGGGGUAGUUCGUUAGCAGAAUUGGCUGCCUUCAGUUAGUAUGUACCGCUGUUUUUCUGCUGAAUCUUGGCCGAUUUUUUAAGCCAACCUACGUGGCUUUUUCCGAACAGAAAGGAUAGCCGGUUUGGAAGCUAACGGCAGUACUGAAGUCCCCUUUUUCUUCUCUCAAACAAGAAUGGGGUCUUCGUCGACGCAACGGAGGUAGAGUGACCUUUAGUUUUGUUCUUCUCAUGGCAGAUUUGCUGGAUUUGCAGGGAAGCGGCGGGGCGAUGCUGAUGCUGGAGAUGCCGCGGCGCGAAAUCGGUACAAAAACAGCAGCAGCGGCAGCAGGCAGCGCAGACGGCGAAAGCGGUACCGGUGCACCCCCUUCGUCUUUACUCAUUGUCGGCGGUGCUCGCCUCUACCAGCACGUACUAGAGGAGCGUGAUCAGCAGGCGGACUGCCCGGCCCGGCGACCCGGACCAGCCGAGGACGCCCUGGAGGCGUCGCUGAGCAAGUCGCACUCCUCCCUGAAUCCGGUACCCUGUGACGCCUCCGUAAACAACACGCAAAACGACCCUGGCGUAUCCGCCGCCCGGUCAGAGGGGGUGGAUGGCGAUGUGUGGAAAUGUGGCUACCUGAGGAAGCAGAAGCACGGCCACAAGCGCUUUUUCGUGCUUAGGGGGGCCAGCCACACGGGGCCCAGCCGUCUGGAGUAUUAUGAUAGUGAGAAGAAAUUUCGGAACAGCCUGCGCUCUGCCUCCACCUCUAGCACUGCCUGCCCUCCGAAGAGAGUGAUUUAUCUUUAUCAGUGUUUCACCGUUAAUAAGAGGGCUGAUGCCAAGAACAAGUACCUCAUCGCUCUGUAUACCAAGGAUGAAUGCUUUGCCAUGGUUGCGGAGAAUGAGCAGGAGCAGGAGGACUGGUACCUGGCGCUGAGCGAUCUGAUGAGUGAGGGAAAGAAGGGACACUUGGAGGCAGAUGAGCUGGAUGACAGCUAUGGUGCUGAUGGUCCUGGAGCCGUGUUUAAGGAGGUGUGGCAAGUCAAUGUGAAACCCAAAGGCUUGGGGCAGACUAAGAACCUGACUGGAGUGUACCGACUGUGCCUUUCAGCAAAGACCAUGCACCUGAUGAAGCUUAAUGCGGAGACGCCCUGUGUGAAUCUGCAGCUAAUGAACAUCCGCCGCUGUGGGCACUCUGAAAGUUUUUUCUUCAUUGAGGUGGGCCGCUCCUCUUCCAUUGGACCUGGUGAGAUCUGGAUGCAGGUAGAUGACUCCGUGGUGGCACAGAGCAUGCACGAGACCAUCCUGGAGACCAUGAAGGCACUGAAGGCUUUUGCGGAGUUCCGGCCCCGCAGCAAGAGCCAGUCAUCGGGCUCUAACCCCAUCGCCUUCAUCACCACCCGUCGCCACCUAGGCAACCUCCCGCCAAGCCAGACAGGCCUGCAGCGCCGUUCGCGGACUGAAAUGGUAGUGGGAACCCCUCCGGCUGGGAAGAGCUCCACCGUGAACAGCUACCGAUUUCGCACAUCAAGCGAGGGUGAGGGCACCAUGAGCCGGCCUUACCGCUCAGUGACGGGCAGCCUGAUUCACCUUAACUCUGCCAGAGCCAACCUGGCUCGGCCAGAGGGGGCCAGUCGCUAUGUGCGAGCCAUGCCUAGCUCCAACUACCACACUCGCUCUGCCUCUCUCCCAGUCUCCCACUUCCCCUCUAACACCAGCCCGGUCAGUGUCUCCAGUAGCAGCGGGCACGGCUCAGCCUCCGAGGCACUCACACGGCCCUCCAGCGCCUCCAUCUGUGGAUCGCCAAGUGAUGGUGGCUUUGCCUCCUCCGAUGAGUACGGCUCCAGCCCCUGUGACUUCCGCUACUUCCGGGUGAGGAGCAAUACCCCGGACUCCUUGGGAAAUACCCCACCAAUCCGCGAGGAGAACAGCUUGAGCGACUACAUGGCCAUGGACCGACACCGUGAGGCAGUGGGAGGAGCAGAAGGCCUCCAAAAUGAGACUGUAUUUGAGGAAAGGCCCACUCGCAAACUGACAAGCUCCUCCAGGCCUCCAAGCAGCAGCAGCAGUGUAUCAGCUGCAAUUCAGAAGACGACCCAGACAACCCCUUCUCUAGAUGAGCCGGAUGGCAGCUCUUUCAGGAGGAAAGCUCUGCAGGCCUAUUCAUCUCCCACCAAGACUGGUUAUAGCUCUUUCUUGGACCAGUACUGUGAGACUAAGCCACCUUUGCUCCAGGAUGAUCUACAGAAGCCCAAAGAUGAUGGCUACAUGCCGAUGAUGCCAGGGGUAGCAUCUUUGCGAGACACUGACUACAUGCCAAUGCAGCCACACUCUCGUCUCCCCACAUCCUCCUUCCAGCAGGUGGACACCCAGGGCUACAUGAUGAUGCUCCCCCGGGCUGGCCCCUCCCCAGCACAGACUAGCCCUCGCGGUGGCGGGAACAGGCCGAGAGAUGGUGAGUACAUGGACAUGUCCCAUGGUGGGGGCAUGCAUCAGGCGGAGAGUGAUGGGUAUUACGCGCCAACUCCCCCAGAAACCCCCAAGUCCUACAGCUCCUACUUCUCCCUUCCACGGUCCUAUAAAGCCCCUGAGCGGGACAGCCAUAGCGAGUAUGUGCCCAUGUGCUCCCCAGCAAAGGUGGUCCUUGCUGAGGAUGAAUGCAUCAGCAGCAGCCCUGUAAAAGACCUGCCGACACCCCUCACGUUGCACAAUGGCUGCGGUGAGCUACAACAUUCAGACAAGCAUGUAGUGCGACCCACCCGGCUCUCCCUGGACUGGCAGAAGGCAAGCGAGUCCCCUGAUGCUCCAGCCCCACCAGCCAGCCCAGGGGAGUACAUCAACAUUGAUUUCCGAGAUAGGCCGGCAUUCACACCCUGCUCCAUGUCCACUGAUGGCUCUCCUUCCUCUUUGGGUUCCACUGGGGAGCACCGGCGCUCUCCACUUCAUGAGGAUUACAUGAGCCUGGAGACGGACAGCCGCCCAGACCAGGCUCUCUCCCCAAAGCUCUCACUUGUGGCCCCGUGGAACCUCCCCAGCUACAGCAGGUCUCCAGUGUUGGCCUCAAUGCUGUGCAGUGAUGGGCAAGUGGACGACUACACAGAGAUGACAUUCUGCUCGAGUGAGAAGGGGUGCGAACUGGUGGUUCAACCGCGUGAUGUGGGAUGUCACUUCCCACAGCUGCCCCCUACCAGCCCAAAAAGAGAGCCGAAAGUCAUUCGGGCUGACCCCCAGGGCAGGCGGAGGCACAGUUCAGAGACAUUUACCUCCACGCCAGCUGGGAUCACAUGCACCAGUAGUAGUGUCCUGAUGCCAGCGGGUCCCCAUCUGGCAGAUGGUGCAAAAUGGCACGGCUCAGUGUCAUUUGACAGUGUCUUGCUGCAGAUGGAGGGCGUCGCCACACCUGAUGCAGGUCCCUCACCAGCCCUCACUGAGGCAGGCUGUGCCCCAGGAGGACGAAUCUACCGGAACACCUCUGCUGGGUACCAGAACGGCCUCAAUUACAUUGCUCUGGACCUGAGGGAGGAGCCCCAGCUCAGCUGCGGUGGCAGCGGCACCCUUCUCGCAGUUCCUCCCUCACCGCCGGCCUCACUGUCCCUUGCAGAAAAUGGACCCUACGCUAGUAUAGACUUCUCAGAAGUGCUGACGUCCGUCUCAAAAGAAUGAAGACGGAGAGUCCUGGAAGGUGCACUGUGAAUCAGCAUCACCCCAUCGCUGUUGCUCCAGUCUGCUCAAACCCCCACCCCUCCCCCUCAGUUCUGAUGGAGGGCCCCAGCCAUGGCCUACCCAGCACCUCCCAGUAACAGUGGACUCUGCUUUGCAUUUUUCUGGGAGCAAAAGUAGCAGCAGUGUGUGGCUGCACCUCCCACUGCUCCUCCCUUUACACCUCCUACCACUCCUCUCUUUGCACCUCCUUGUGCUCCCCUGUACCUCCCACUGCUCCUCCUUCCGUACCUCCCACUGCUCCUCCCUUGAUACCUCCCUCUGCUCCAGUCUCUGCACCACCCUCUGCUCCCUCUCCAUGUUCCUUCUCGUUUAAUUUGCUGUGAUAUUUCUCGCCAGCCUGGGGACCGCUGUCCGCAGCGAUCGCAGAGCUUUUAAAUCUUGCCCUCAUGCUGAUCACCACCUCAACGCCAUGUUCAUUCCUCCAGUAUUUGCAAUGCUCUGAAGUACAGCACCAAAAAUAAACCAAUGAUGUGGAAUUUGACCCGUCUGUAACAGAGCAGUCGCGCUUUCAGUACGCAUGUCAUUUGAGGAUCAGGUCACCUGCGGCAUCGUUGUUGCUACAACUGUCAACCAGCAGGUGGUGACGUAAGGGGUUUCCGGGAACUCGAGCCUGGCAUGCUGGGCAUUCCUGCUGGCUGAAUUGGCUGUGGAGAUGGAUAGCAGCUGGCAGCCCAGCGUCCCCCCGCUUACGUACACUGCCUCUUUACUUUCCUCCCCUAGUCGGCAACUAUGUCCUAGAUGCACUUGGUGGGGGGUGGGGGGGGG